UGUAUCUCACAGUAGUCAAUUACACCACGGUAGCGUUAAGUAGUCUCAUAUCCUUUGCUUCUUUACAAUGUUCUUUCGAGUGCUGCAAAGGUUGUCAACGAUUGCAGAGGCGCCCUUCACCACAUAUAACUCUCCUCUCACUACCAGGAAGCUAAAUAACCUCGCCACAGACACGAAAUUAAAGAGAAGCGUGUCUAAUAAUGUUGGGUCACGAGCCAGUGUUUCUCACAGACUGAAAGGUAUUGAUGCUAAACAGUUAAAGACUUCACCAUUAGGAAAGAAAUUAGGUGAUCAAUUUAUUGCUAAUUCUGGCCCUUAUUAUAGUUCACCAACAAAAUGGAAAAGUCAUUUUAUAUCUUCACUAUUUCACAAACCUCCCGGAAUGCCAUGUACACACCUACAACAAUAUCGCAGUAUAUGGGAUAUAUUUAGAAAAACUGACUUCGGAAGUUACGAUGUACUUGACGACACAGGGGAAGUAUCUCAGGCUCAGCUAGUCCCAUCCCAUAUUGCGUGUCCAGUGUAUUUCGAGACUGGGGAACCUGCAGAAGGGCCAAGUGGGCCAGAAUUAAAGGCUGCGUGGCAGGUCGAUUCAAUGAAGGAAUCAUGCCGGCUGGCAAGACUGGUGAUGAACACUGUUGCAGAAAAUAUUAAAAGUGGCAUGACGACGGACGAUAUCGACAUCCUUGUUCACAAUAAAAUAAUUGAAAAUGGGGCUUAUCCCUCACCCCUAAACUACCAUGGAUUUCCAAAGAGCGUGUGCACGAGUGUCAAUAAUGUAGCCUGCCAUGGGAUACCAGAUGACAGGAAGUUGAUAGAUGGCGAUAUCAUCUCAGUUGACAUUACUGUUUUCUGCAAAGGAUAUCAUGGAGAUUGUUGCGAAACCUUCUUCAUUGGAGAUGCAGAUGAAGCCGGCCAACACUUAGUUGAUGCUGCUCGAAAAUGUCGAGAUGAAGCUAUUGCGAUAUGUGGCCCUGGAGUUCCAUUUGCAGCUAUUGGUCAUAAAGUAGAACAAGUUGCCAGACGUGAGAAGGUCACUGUCGUUCCAUGCUUUAUUGGCCAUGGUAUUGGCACUUAUUUUCAUGGUCCCCCAGAUAUCUACCAUUGUUACAACAACUACCCAGGCACCAUGGAAGAAGGAAUGACCUUCACAGUGGAGCCCAUAGUAGCUCAGGGUCAAGAGGAUGUGUUGAUCCUUGAAGACGGUUGGACAGCAGUCAUGGUGGACAAUGGUAGAGCAGCACAGUUUGAGCACACUGUCCUCAUCACAGAAAGCGGCCAUGAAAUUCUCACAGCUUGAAUGAGCAAAGAAGGGGGGUUGAGUGAGGAAGAGGCAUGAUAUGAUUUUGGGGUGAAAUGUGUUGCAAGGAGUGCUAUGGUGGAUGAGUGCAGAGUAGCUCAUUUCAAGCACUAUAUAUUCAUUAUAGAAGGCCACAAAAUUCCCAUAGCAGAGGGUCACAAGAAAAUGUAGGGAGAUGGAUGAGGGGGAAAAUAGUAGUUUGUGGGUUGUAAUGUUUUGGACAGAAUGACUUUUGAAAAGAGGAUUUGAUUGGGGUGCAUUUUGUGUUUUGUAUUUAUUUAUGAAAAAAA